AUGAUGGUUUAUGAUUGCCUCCGCAAGAAAAGAGACUCUACUGUUAUUAGUGUUAGAUAUCAUCACAUCAAAAACAUUUCUCCCUCAUCGGGAAUAAGACAGUUAAGAGUAAUAUUUUCAUCA